AUGGGUGCUCCUCUUUCACUCAUCUUCAUGACCCAGUGGAUGCUGCUGAUCACCCAGUUGUGUGUUGGCUGGCACUGCACAGACUUGGAGAUGCCAGACUCACCUAUUAGAAAUUUGAUGUUGACUCAGUGGAAAAUGGAACUGAGUUGGAUGAGCAGCAUGAAUUUCACUGAGGACUGGUACUGUGAACUCUACCAAUGCAUGAUCACUACAGCCAAGGCUGCCUCCAAUCCUGACAUCACCAAUGAGCUUACUUGCAUUGGUGACCACCAGGUACAGUACUGCAUCCCCUCUGGUAUGAAUGGGUCGGCCAUUGAAAAUUUCUCCUGUGUGAUUUAUAACAUUUCCCUCAUGAACUGCACUUGGCAGGCAGGUAGGGAUGCUCCAGGAGAUACCCAAUAUUUUCUCUACUGGCAGAACUCGAGAGAUGAUGAUGCAAUGGAAUGUGAGCUUUACAUUAAAGAUGAAAAUGGCAGAAACACAGGAUGUAGAUUCAAAAAUGUGAGCAUAGUGACUGAAAAAUCUUACUUCCUUGUGAACGGGUCUAGCAAAGACUCCCUGAUCCAGUUCUAUGAUGAGUACAUUCAACUGUAUCAAUUUGAAAAGCUCAUGCCUCCAUCAAAUAUCACUGUUGACUGUGAUGAAAUUAAAAAUGAUUGCAUAAUUCAAUGGCAACGACCCCAAAUAAGUCAUUCUAACAAAGACGGGUGUUUUAAAUAUGAAAUCAACAUAAAGUAUAAGGAAUGGGCAAAUAGUCACACAUUUCAAAGAUCCAAUACAAGAAAGAAGUACCUCCUGAAAAUGAGAACAGCUGGCAGUGCCUGCUUCGUGAGCCCAGCCUGGGGGGAGUGGAGUGCACCUGUAGAGUUUGGAAAUGAAGAAAUUAUUUCUUCUUCAGUAUGGAUUUUACUUGUGGUAGCAGCUGCAACACUCUUAGUGGCAAUUGUCACAAUUUUGUUCUGCAAAAGGACUGGCUGUUGGAAAGCAGCAUUUCCACAAAUCCCAGAGCCAAAAAAUGCAUUUCAGGGACUGCAUGAUACAAAUCCAGAGCUGAUGAAGAGCAAAAUUCAGUCAAAAACAUCUGAAAAGGAAGAGAUAAUAUUAGUUGCUGACAUAGUGCAAUAA